AUGGAUCAGGAAGGUGGGGGUGACUUCCAGAAAACCCCUAACUUCCAGUGGAGAAACUACAAGCUCAUCGUUGAUCCUAUGCUUAAGGAUGGCCCGCACAAGAUCUACCGCUAUGACGGAGUGCAUUUCAGCACUAAUGAUUCAGGUCAUGCUCCUAUAAAAGUUGUGCAAGAUCCAAGACAUAGGAAAUGGUCCAAAACCAGAGAUCUUUCUCUUCCUGUCCCAAAGUUUAAGCUAGAUGAGUACUAUGUGGGCCAGAUCCCUCUGAAGGAGGUGACAUUUGCCCGGCUCAAUGAUAACAUCAAAGAAUCCUUUCUGUGUGAGAUGUGCAAAAAAUAUGGCGACAUUGAGGAGAUUGAGAUUCUGUAUAAUCCAAAGAAUGGCAAGCACCUGGGCCUGGCCAAGGUGCUCUUCACCAGCACGAGGGGGGCGAAGGAGACGGUCAAGAACCUGCACAACACUUCAGUCAUGGGCAACAUCAUUCACGCCCAGCUUGACGUCAAAGGUCAACAACGCAUGAAAUUUUUCGAACUGAUUGUGAAUGGCUCUUUCACACCUCAGACUGUCCCAACUGGGAGCAAAACGCUGAAUGAAAAGUUUUCAGCCGACUCGUCCGAGUCACGAAGACACCAUUCGACCAAUUCGUUGUACCCGAGUAACGCAAUGCCUUCAACGCCUGGCAACGGCACCCCUGGUUCUCAGGACACGCCGUACUCCAGCGGCCGACAAGACACACCUUCUUCCUACGGCCAGUAUACACCACAGUCCCAGGGGACUCCGUAUACCCCUCGGGGGGGAACACCGUAUUCACAGGAUUCCGCCUAUUCUAGCAGGCAAGGGACCCCAGGCUACUCAAGCUACCAGCCAGAGUCGUACAAAUCCUCUCGGCAUGAGAACAGCUUUUCGGACUCGUACUUCCGCCGGCACUAUACUUCAUCCUCUUCAUCAUCUUCCUCUUCCUCCACUCACUAUCGCAGCAAUGACCAUCACUACCCCCCUUACAGUCAGCAGUUUGGUGGUGGCGGCGGUGGCGGCGGUGGCAGCAGCGGCAGCAGCGGCAGCAGCAGUAGUGCAGCCCCAACCAGUAGUAGCCGAUAUCAGCGCCUCUCAUCCACCUCAGGGCGGUCUUCUUCUUCCUCCUCCUCCUCCUCCUCUCAUCGCUCUCAUCCAAGAGAGGACUCUGGCUUCCAUUCCCGACACAGAGAACGUUCUCAACGGGAUGAUCCUACUCUUUCGUCCGCAGUGACCACCACUACUCCUUCCACCUGUGUUGUCGCUGCGGCUUCCUCCUCCUCCUCCUCCUCGUCUGUGACAACGGCCUCAGAAAGCAUUCAGUUCCAGAACAGUCACGGUUUUGCCCAGCAGAGCGUGGAGCAUUUCCCAGCGCCCAGUGUGCUCUACCCAUCUUACACAGCCACCCCGGAGCCCUUCUCUGUGCCUGCGGAAACCCACGCGGUGGAUCAGGAUUAUCGGCUGCUCCCCACGGCAGAAACGUUUGCGGCCAACUCCCUGCCUCCCACCGAAUUUCUUGCUCAGGAAACGAAAGAGAACGCCAGUCCAGCAGUGACCGUAGUCCUCGGGGUUGACGACCGAUCCCAUUCGCCUGCCGUGCAGACCUCGCCAGUCCGCUCUGGAUCCCCGGCCCCGGAGACUACCAACGAGAGUGUCCCCUUUGCUCAGCACAGCAGCUUGGACUCCCGCAUUGAGAUGCUGCUAAAGGAGCAGCGGUCCAAGUUUUCUUUCCUCAAUUCAGAUACGGAAGAGGAAGAGGAAGAGAAAGGGGGGUCCAAGGGAGCAGAGCCACAUGGCCCCUGCACCCCGCCACCGCCUCUUCCGGUCAGCUUUGAAGAUGUGGUGCCAGCCCUGGAUGCGGGAGUAGGAGACGAAUCCCCAAAGGCGAAUGGGCAAGACAAAGCAUCUCAGCAGUCUUCAGGUGAAGACAUGGAAAUUUCGGAAGAUGAAGCCGAAGUUGAGCCUCCAACUCCCGUGGCCGGGGUGUCCGACCCACAUUUUUCCGUGAUGCCAUCAGUUCUGGGCCACAUGCAGUUGGGGGUGUCCUCCUUCACUUCCCACCAUCACCCGGAAGCACCGCCCUCUUAUCCAAUCCAGCCUCUCAUGUCCGUCUCCCUCCCUCACCUGGCGGGUAAAACCCAUUCGGAGAGAUGAAAACCGGUUCAGUCAGGGGCCGUGCCGGUAGCGGACAGGCUAAAGGCUCCCGCUCGUUUACACCACCCGCCUCCGGCGCCACGAGGGGUGUAGAUACUGAAACAGUUGAGGUACCUCGAGUACUUGGCCGAGCCGUUGGUCACCCCACCCUACGGGUACAGAAAGGUCUACGUUUGGGUCUACGACUCGGGCCUUCAACAGCUGCGGCAAAACAAAGGCCAGUUUGAGGACCCUUUCUCCUAUCACCGGGACGCGGCUUCUUUCUGCGGCCGCCCUCUGUAUGGCGCUGGGUACUUACUGGAGCAGGGCAGUCACCCCUUCCAGCGAGACCAGCUUUUCAUGCAGCAGCCAUCAGCCGUUGGGACCUCAGAGCAGCAGCAGCAACAACAGCAACAGCAGCAGCAACAACAACAUUCCUCAGAGCAGCCGCCUCUGCCGCCUCCACAGCAGCUGCUUGAUUUCCGGACAGCUCCAUGGGGAUAUCAGGAAGAGGUGGCCCCACUCCCACCGCUUCCUGAAGAUCCACACGCCUCUGUGGUGGACACUGUCCUUGCAACCCUCAUGCAGGAGAUGAAGAACAUCAUGCAGCGAGACCUCAAUCGCAAGAUGGUGGAGAAUGUGGCUUUCAGCACCUUCGACAAGUGGUGGGAGUGCAAAGAGGAAAAGGCCAAGCCUUUCCAGAACACGGUUAAACAGCAAGCCAAGGAAGAGGAGAAAGAGAAAACCAAACUGAAAGAUCCUGCCCUCCUGUCUCUAGUGGACUGGGCCAAGAGUGGUGGGACCGGUGGCUUGGAGAGCUUUGGCUUUGGGACUGGCUUUCGGGGAGUCCUCAGGCUCCCCUCCUUCAAGGUGAAAAGGAAAGAGCCCUCUGAAAUCUCCGAGUGCAGCGAAGUGAAGCAGCCCCGCCCCUCUACUCCCGCGGAAGAGGAUGAGGAAGAUAAGAAAUCCUUACAGAUCCCCAAGACCUCCAAGAGGGACGACGAAAGGAUCAAAGGUCCAGGAAAGCGGCGCAAACUUUUUUGCCUGGACAGUGAAGGAGAGGAGGCCUCUGAGGACUCAUCCUCGGAGAAG